AUGCUGCUGCUCAUAAAAGCUUUUCAAAGUAAACAACGUCUGUUUCUGCAUUCAUCUAACAUAUCUAAAAUUUUGUGUACCAAUCCUACAUGCAGACAAGCAACAACAACUAUCCAUCCGCAUGUUCAGAAGAAUUCUAUCCCAAAGCCACCGGUGCCUGCACUGGAACAUACCCUCAAACGAUACUUAGAAUAUGCAUCAGUGGUGGCUAACAAUGACAAAGCGAAGAUAUCACGUACUGAAAAAGCAGUUGCUGAAUUUAGAAAUAUUGGAGAAAGAUUACAAGAAAAACUCGAAAAAAUAGCAAAUGAAGAAGAUAAUUGGAUCAAUCAAUUCUGGUUACCACAAAUGUACUUAAAAGUGAGACUUCCAUUACCAGUAAAUUCUAAUCCAGCUUAUAUUUUUCCCCAGCAGAAUUUCAACAGUUUGGACGAACAGUUGAGUUACAUAUCUUCACUUAUUCGUGGAUUUUGUGAUUAUAAAGACUUGAUCGACAGGAAACUGAUUUCGCGAGAGGUUUCAACAGGUCGUGAUAAAGUACAAAUGUGUAUGGAACAAUACGAUCGAAUGUUUCGUUGUUAUCGUGAGCCAUGUACUCCGGUAGACAUUCUGCAUUACAAGCCGACUGAUCAAGGAAUCAAUUGCAAGGAACAUAUACUUGUGAUGUGCAAUAAUCAGACAUUUGUUGUAUUCACUCGGCUUAACGGUGUUCUACUGUCACAAGCCGAAAUAACGAAGCAACUGGAAAAGGUGAUUGAAAUGAGCAGAAGUGACGAUAAGAUGAAGGAUGUUAUUAUAGCUGGUGGUAGUGCAGGUGAUCGUGAUGAUGCUGCUAAAUUUUGGAGUUUAAUGAAAGAAGAUAAACAGAAUCUGGAAGCAUUAAAUUGGAUUCAAUCUGCUUCAUUUGGGGUUUGCAUCGAUACUCGUAGCGAGAUAAAAUGGUCUGAAAACUAUGAAAAUAAUCUGGCAUCUCGUGGAAUGUAUUUAUUACAUGGUUUUGGAAGCAAGUCAAUAGGUUUGAAUCGAUGGUAUGACAUGACGAUACAGAUUAUUGUUGCGAGUGACGGUACAAAUGGAUUGUGCAUUGAACAUUCAGUUGCUGAAGGAAUUGUACUCAUAAACUUGGUGGAAUAUGUUAUGCAAUUUAUAAAGCGGAACAAGGGACAGCAAAUGUGGGAUAAUGCGAAGAGCAUAACACCACUGCAUCUUCGCUGGACUGUAUCGUCAGAUGCCAGAUCAAUUCUACAAAAACAAAUUGAAGUCUUCGAUGACUUGGCGAAUGACUUGGACUUGCAAGUGUUAAUUUUUGACGGAUUUGGAAAAGAAUUCAUAAAAUCAUGCAAUAUCAGUCCGGAUGGUUUUGUUCAACUGGUAAUGCAACUUGCUUAUUACAAAUUACACGGACACUUAGUAUCUACGUACGAAAGUGCGUCCAUCCGACGAUUUCGUUAUGGUCGUGUAGAUAAUAUUCGUGCUGCAACACCGGAAGCAUUACGAUGGGUAGAAGCAAUGCAGAUGAAAAAUAAAACACGAGAUGAGAAACAAAAACUUUUUGUGGGAGCAGUGAAGAGACAAGCAGAAAUUACACUUGAGAAUGUAACUGGUCAUGGUAUCGAUAAUCAUUUAUGCGCUCUUCACUCUCUUGCCACGGAGGAAGUGAAAGAAGGUUCGAUGCAGAAAAUGCCAGAUAUCUUUCUGGACCCGACAUGGAUAGAAACCAUGCGAUUUCCACUAUCAACAAGCCAGGUAACAACCACUGCCUCAAUUAGCGACACAUAUCUUUGUUAUGGACCGGUCGUUAAGGAUGGCUAUGGUUGUUCAUACAACAUUCAACCACAUUCAAUCAUCUUUGCGCCAUCCUCAUUUAAAAGUUGUCUUACAACAAAUUCUCAACACUUUAAGAAAUCAUUGGUUGAUUCAUUAUAUGAUAUCCAAGCACUAAUUACGCAGUGA